AAAAAAACUACUUCCGCUUAACAGCUAGCAUGUAGUAACCUAGUGCCCGGAGGCAGCGCAGGUGUUCGCGUUACUACGGUAACCCGGGGCGUCAGUGCGGUAAACCUAGGCCGAGUGUGCCGGGAUGUCAGGCGACAGUUGGACCGUACACCGUGUUGUACUGCCGCUACACCAGCCGUGAAAGAGGAGAGGCUUCGGAUAUGGACGACUGUGAUUUGGAGAGGAUCUCCGACUCCGGUGGGAAGCUCCAUCCGGCCUUCGCACCAGACGUUACGGACUAAGAAGUGACAGCUGAGAGCAGUGUCAACAAGGUGACUCUGGACCUGCUUACUAGUGGCUGCGGGGCUUCAUACAGUCCUCUCUUUGGUGAGGUCUCCAGAACCAUUAAACUGAAUGAUGGGUUAGACAGAGUAGAAAUCGAGCUGGUAGCUGAGGAUGGCAGCGUGAAAAAAAUAUAUAUAAAAAAAAAAAAAUACUGUGUGGAAAUCACCAAGCUGUCAGCAGAGAUUGCAGAGCUCAGUGAUCUUGUCGUGGAGGGAGAUAUUCCACUUCAUCCUGCAUUUUGUACCAAAGUCUAUGAAUACAACAGUAUUGUCCCCUUUCAUUGUAAUGCGGCGACGCUGCCGACCAAGGUGCCGGACAAGAACAUGAAAGCGACAGUGAAUGGGCCAGACGGCUCACAACCGGUCCCUCUGAAUUGUGGAGACACCGUGGUGGAGAUCUCAGUCCGUUCAGCAGAUGGCAGUAAUGCACAGGUGUAUACAGUGUUGGUGGCUCCAGAGCUAAUUCCCAUGGCUGUGACCUUCACUGAUGGGAAGCAGCAGCUGGACUAUGAAUGUCCAGUGUCCCUGAGUGCUUAUUAUAGGCCCGUAUCUAUCAACCACAGUGACCCAAAGCGCGUCUUCUCAAGGCCUUAUAUCGAGAUGCUGGCACGAAGAUCGAACGUCGACCCACUUAGCGAUUGUCCUCUGGGAGACGGCUGGAAGGUCGUUGAGCUGGACCUUUACAGGGAGAUGUCUGCAGCACUGGUCAAAUGUUUCUUUAUUUGCCGAGGAUGUGACAGUGUGAUGAAACUGUCUGAGCCGGGGUCACACUCUCUGGACUGUCCACACAGGCCCACAGGGGACCUGGAUGCAGAGGAUGUCACAGAGACAAGCUGGUAUAAGAAGCACUUUGCCUCAUCCAGCUGUUUGGAGAUAGAGACUAAACACAUUUUUGAGGUGCGUAACUGGGAGAGAAGACUGCAAAUGACAGCAGGAGAAGACAAUGUGGAUAAACUGUGCGCCUUAGCCCAGGAUCACCUGAAACUCUACCGGCAACGCCUGCCAAAACCAGGGGACACGUUGCAGUAUGAGGAUGGCCAGUCUCCUCUGCAUGGCCUGGAGCAGGCUGCUGUCCACUAUGCGUCAGCUACCAGCUCCAGGGAUGCCCGACUCCACUUCCUUUUGGGUCUUGUUCUGGAGGUGCAGCACUAUGCCACAGACAUGUACGGCCUCCAGAGGAGGCUGAAAGGGACAGAGAGGAAUUAAGCGAUGCCAAACCAACAGCACGUCAGGAUGACGUCUUGGCUGUGUGUAAACUCGGUGGCUUCCUCGGCACGCCCACAGUGGAGAACCAGCCUCAGGCCUUGGAUAGAGAGUAUCAGCAGCUCAAAGAGCAUGGACCAGUCCAGCAAAGCGGACUAUGCUCAGACUCUCUACAUCUGGCAAGGAUAGCACUUCAGCUGUGCAGGAUGAGGAGAACCGUGUCCACGGAGCUCUGAUGAAAUACCCGGAGGCCUGGUCUCUGAGUCCAGACAGCUGGGAGUACAAGCUCCAUGUAGGAAGGCUGCUGCUGCUGCUGCAGGGGAGGAGCAGGGAAGCCCUACAGCAUCUCUUCAGCGGCCUGGCCCUGCGGCCCCUACAUCCUGCACUCAGGUCUGACCUUAGAAAUAUUGCUGGUUGUAGAAGCAGAAAUUGUAUUGUGUCAGUAGCUGUAAUAGU